AUGGAUGACGACUUUGGUGAUGUCCCAGACUUCGACGUGCUACUUGGACCUAGUAAAUCUGACAAGAGCCUUCCGCACACUUCUGCACCAGAAAAAUUAGAUCAAACACGCAAAGUCCAGCAACCCAAACCCCAAGCACUCCCAAGCCGAUCUAGUCCUUCCUCUAUUCUGGUAUCAGCAAGGCAAAGAGGAAAUCCAAUCCUCAACCAUGUGCGUCACGUACCUUGGGAAUAUGCAGACAUCCCGGCAGACUACAUCGUGGGGAGCACAACCUGUGUCCUCUUUCUCUCGUUGAAAUACUACCGUUUGCACCCGGAAUACAUUUACUCUCGAAUCAAGGGCCUAGCGGGAAAGUAUAAUUUACGCAUUCUUCUCACACUGAUCGAUAUUCCAAAUCACGAAGACAGUCUCAGGGAGUUGUCAAAGACGUCACUUGUUAAUAAUCUGACGUUGAUUUUGUGCUGGUCCGCCGCCGAAGCAGGGCACUACCUGGAACUUUUUAAAUCUUGUGAACACGCACAGCCGACGGCCAUACGCACGCAGCAAUCGCAGUCAUAUAAUGAGAGUCUAGUGGAGUUUAUUACGACUCCAAGAAGCAUCAACAAAUCAGACGCAGCAAGUUUGAUAUCAACAUUUGGUAGCUUACAAGCUGCCGUCAACGCUCAGGCAGAGCAAAUCAGUACGGUUCCAGGAUGGGGGGAGAAGAAGGUCCAACAAUGGCACGAUGCUGUAAGAGAUGAUUUUCAGAUACAAAGGACUGCGAAACGAAGUGCAAAACCAUCCACCGAUAACACCAAAGCAGCUAUGAUGCAGCAAGAGAAUUUUACUUUUACUGAGGAAGAAAACGCAUUCCUUGCUGCUCAUAGCGAAAAAUUCAGUCACGAUAAGCCAAGCCAAUCAUCAGAGACCCCCAGCCACCGGAUACACAAAAAUAAACUCAACAGUCAAGAUGAUAUGGAACGUGAAAAUGAUUCCUCGAAAGAUGAUUGGCCGGAAUCAAACGCUCGCCCGUCAGGUCAACACGAGGAGUAA